CCCAAAAAAGAAAAAAGCCACUCAUUCAACCACUGGACUACUGCUCAUCAUCUCGCAGGCUCUCAUCGCGUCCGAAAAGGAGGAUGGACUGGAUAAACUGAGGUGGAGUGGGAUGCUGGUCUGAUAUUUGUAAGGUCCUUUCUCCUCAGCCUAAGUCACAGAUCUCCCCUGAGAAACGGAACAAUCAAGUCCAAUCUAUCAGAGCCUCGCCUUUCCUUGUUCUACUUGUGGUGUGACGGCACUCGACAACAUCAAAGCUCUCUCUCAUUCUAGCUGUGUCAUCCCUCCAUUUUUGUUAAGAGUUGGGGAUGACUGUUGCCUAACAGCUAUCAGCCUGCGUAUCUACUAGGAUCAGGACAAGUGCAACUAAUACUGGACAUGGAGGACUAUGACGUUCGCUCAGCUUCCAGCAUCCUGGCGUCAGUGAAAGAACAGGAGGCCCGUUUUGAGCAGUUGACUCGAGCCCUCGAGGAGGAGCGACGCACCUUGCAGCUUGGGCGGGCCAAUGUGCCUCCCAACCCUCCCACCAGCCAACCGUUAGCAUGGCAGCAAGUGGUGAUGCAGGAGCAGAGCCCCAGUAACGCCACUUCUCUGGCCAUGAUGCAGGAGCCACCGGAAGUGGUGGAGGAGACGGUCACCAUAGAGGAGGACCCUGGGACCCCUAGUUCUCAUGUUUCAGUGGUCACCUCGGAUGAUGGGACCACACGACGCACAGAAACCAAGGAUUUGUCAAGUAAAGUAAAGGUGACCAAGGUGGUCAAAACUGCUACCCACUGCACCUACCAUCCAGUACCAGUGAUGGAGAGCUUGGUAGUGGAGUCCAGGCCUGCCACCAGGACACCCACAGCAGUCUCCACCUUCACCAAUGCUCCAUCUGACACAGAGCCAGUGACCAAAAUGGUGAAGACGGUGACCACUCGAACUGUGCGUCAGGUUCCUCUCGGCCCUGAUGGCUUGCCCAUGCCCGAAGGUUCGUCCCCAUUGGGAAGUUACACCGACUCCAUUGACCGGCGCUACGUCAAGAACGGCGGUGAUCGCUUCAUCACGCCUCAAGCCUCAUCCACCUUGACGCGCUCCCACAACAACUCCUACAAUGAUUCCUAUGGUGAAACGCCAGAGAGUCAGUACAUUCGCCACUAUGGUCUGCAUGAUGGCUACACUGAUUUGACGGACAACUAUGGAAGCCUGUCAAGAGGCAUCAACUUCCGUCCGCCUCGCUACCCCUACAUGCCCAAUAGCUAUCGGCCUGAGAACAGCUACACACUGCCUAUUCGUAAGGAUGACUAUGGCCAUGUGGCCCAACCCCAGGUGCCUAUGGGUAGCAGCACAGUAGACCUGAAUCGCUCCCAGCCUGAGCGCUUUCAGGCUGAACCAUAUGGCCUGGAAGAUGAUCGCCGCAGCUUUGGCCCGGAGGAUGAGGAGCCAUAUGAGCUCGAGCAUGACUAUUCCACUGCUAACCGACGCACACUAAAAGGAGCCAACCGGGGUCGCACCCACAGAGAACCACUUCGUGAUGGACCAAGAAUCAGAGGCUACCCAGAUGAACCCAUUGAUACAGAGCUCAUAGAUGAACGCCACCCGUACAUCCAUGGCAUAUAUUCUGCGCCACUGGCCCAGCCAGAGCGAGGGAGCAUGGCCAGUCUGGAUCGUAUGGGCGGUCGACGUUCACCUUCAAUUGACAGCAUUCGUAAGGAUCCACGCUGGCGUGACCCAGAUCUUCCAGAGGUCAUUGCCAUGUUGGGCCACCCCAUCGACCCUGUGAAGUCCAAUGCUGCUGCCUAUUUGCAGCACCUAUGCUAUGAAAAUGAUAAAAUCAAAAAGGAUGUGCGCCAGCUGAAGGGAAUUCCUGUCCUGGUUGGCCUUCUGGACCACCCCAAGUCUGAGGUCCACCGCAAGGCUUGCGGUGCCUUGCGCAACAUCUCCUACGGCAAGGACAAUGACAAUAAGGUGGCAAUCAAAAAUUGUGAUGGCAUUCCUGCCCUCAUCCGCCUGCUGAGGAAGACCAAUGACAUGGAGGUUCGAGAGCUCAUCACUGGGACUCUUUGGAACCUGUCCUCCUUUGAACCCUUGAAGAUGGUCAUCAUCAACCACGGCCUCAAAACAAUGACCAAUGAGGUUAUCAUCCCACAUUCUGGGUGGGAACAUGAACCAAACGAGGACUCAAAGCCACGUGAUGCAGAGUGGACCACCGUCUUCAAGAACACUUCUGGGUGCUUGAGAAACGUAAGCUCAGAUGGGGCAGAGGCUCGGCGCAGAUUGAGGGAGUGUGAUGGAUUGGUGGACGCCCUGCUCCAUGCCCUCCAAUCAGCUGUAGGGAAAAAAGAUAUGGAUAAUAAGUCUGUGGAGAACUGUGUCUGUAUUAUGAGGAACCUGUCCUACCACGUCCACAAAGAAGUCCCGGGGGCCGAAAGGUUUCAGGACCCAUCAGCACCACAGACCCCUGGCUCAGCAGGGCCGCACAGAAAGAAGGAUGACGCUGGCUGCUUUGGAGGCAAAAAGGCCAAAGAGGAAUGGUUUAAUCAAGGUAGAAAAAAUGGUGAGAAUGACAAAAACUACGACACAUUGGAUCUUCCCAAGCGUGCUGAGCCGACAAAAGGUUUUGAGCUUCUGUAUCAACCAGAAGUGGUGAGACUCUAUCUUUCUCUGCUGACUGAGAGCCAAAACUUCAACACCCUGGAGGCUGCUGCUGGGGCUCUGCAAAACCUUGGUGCUGGGCAAUGGACUUGGUCCAACUACAUCCGGGCCACAGUGCGUAAAGAGAAAGGUCUCCCCAUCCUGGUGGAGCUUUUGCGCUCCGACUCCGACAAGGUGGUCCGAGCUGUGGCUAUCGCCUUGCGCAACCUCUCCAUCGACCGACGCAACAAGGACUUAAUUGGAAGUUACGCCAUGCGGGACUUGGUCAGUAACUUGCCCAGCGGACAGCAGCAACCAGCCAAGAACUUAGAGGAAGACACCGUGGUUGCCAUCCUCAACACCAUCCACGAGAUUGUCACAGACAGCUCUGAAAACGCCCGAUCUCUCAUUCAGGCCCAGGCCAUUGAGAAGCUUGUCGCUAUCAACCGAACCAGCCAAUCGACAAGAGAAACAAAGGCCGCAUCUCACGUGCUGCAGACUGUGUGGAGUUAUAAGGAAUUGAGGAACGCUUUGACAAAGGAUGGCUGGAACAAGAGCCAUUUCCAGCCCACGGUGACAGCAACCCCGAAAGGAACCAAGAACGGCAAACCGGGUUAUGAUGAUACAACUCUGCCCCUUAUGGAGAAGAACCAAGGACCUGCUGUGGUGCCCAUGAAGUCCACACAAGCCCAUGCAAAGCACAUGCUAAACGGUUACUCUACCAUUGACCAGAGGGACAAGGACUGCAAAUACAAGACAGGCGACAAUUCAGUGGACCUGACAGAACGGGAGCCAUUGAAGAAUGACACAAGUAGGAAACACUAUAUCAGGAGUAAUAGGCCUGCGGUCAGUCUGGUGGACGCUUGUGAUGUUAAGCCACAGCCUGUUGAUUCCUGGGUCUAAAUGCAUGCAUGGCUUAAAACUGCGACAGAGUAACACCGCAGGAGGAGCUCUCACAUCACCACUGCCAUUUAUACGGAGCUCAUGUUUGGAGUUGAACUUUGUACAGCUAGAAGAUUUAAAAUAAAUAGAAACAAUGAUGGUCAGAACAGCGACUACCCAGAAACAGCCAGCAAUUUUGCUUUUCAAAAAAAUAAUGAAAAAAGAUAUGGAGUGACAAUUCCUACUACUUUUACAUUUCUACAUUCCCACUGGACAGCAUGUGAAUUCUUCAGUGUUGACUCUUGUUGAGAUCUACAGGUGACAUCAAGGUAUUCAAAGUUGACAAUGGCGAAGUAAUUGACAUGAGAAGACGUGGGGGCCAUAAAUGGGGAAAGGAACGUGUGUUGAAAGGAAACCUGAGGUAAGAAGGAACACUUUUGUUUUGCCUUUACUUUAAAUCUAGGAGGUUUAGUUUUAAAGGCUAUGGAACUUUGUCUGUGUUUUUCAAUUUGUUGUGUAAGUUUGAUAUCUUUGAUGUGGGCUGGUUGGAUUGAUUGAAUGAUAAGUCACUGGAUGUUAGUUUUGGUUUGGGUGGGGGUGGUAAAGAAAAGGAAGCUGUAGCAUAGUGGAUAAAUGUACUCCCAAAAGUCAAAAACCCACAGCCCAUUUGGUUCACUGUGUUUGAAGAAGACUGCACUGAAAUGGUUUGGAAUAAGAGGUUUACUUUAUAAAGUGAAUAUUCUGCAAGUUGUGCUCUGGACAAUAGAAGGUGAAAGUGGGGGGGAAAUCGAAUGGAGCAACAUCUCAACAACUACUUGAUGUAAAUGAACAUCAACACGGAUGUUCUUCACCCAUGGUAAAAAGAAAAGAAAAAAAAACAGUCAGCGUGACAUGACAACCGUCUCUUGGUUUUCCUGAUCAAUGGCUCUUUGUCAGUUACGUGUGUAAAAGAAAAUAAGACUAUGGCAUUUUGCUGAUAAAGAUAUCCUUUUUUUUGGUGGUGAAAUAGCAGAAUAUGGUUGUUUGUUAAAGAUCUGAACCCUUUUUUUUUAAUUUUGUCAACUUUUAAAUACAUGUAUAUUAGGGUAAAAAAAAUGAAGAAAAACCCAACUUGUUAGUUUUAUAUUAAUAUCACAUUGUUUGGAAAACACAUUGGAUUAAGGUUCACCAUGUUUGGAAAAAGUAACUACCAUGUAAUUUACAUCUGCCAGUUAUUGCCAGGUUACUCAGACCAUCACUUAUUUAUAUUUUGUAAGUCAUAAAGGAUGAAAAAAAAUUCUUACAUUUUUGUUUCAUGACAACUCCUGGAGUGGGGUCAAGGGUCAGAAAUCAAGAACUGAAACAGGUUAUAUAUAGAAUUUGUAAUAUUCCUUCAUUUUUGUUCCUACGGUGUUACAAUCAAGCACUCAUUACGUGCUUCCUAAAGAAAAAUACUCUUAUGAGCAUGAAAAAAGUGUACAGUUGUUCAUAUUUUUUUUAAGUGCCAUUUUUUUCUGUUUUUGUGAUAUUAACUAAUCCAUUGACAUACAGCAAGAGAACAGCAGAAUGGAUAAAAGUUAAGGCAAACUGAACGGUCACACUGUAUAAAGUCAAGUAUCAAAGGACAUAUAGUAUAUAUUUUUACAAACUUUCAGGGUGGACAACUUUGACUCGGAAAAACAGAGUGACAAGAGUAAAUUUACCAUUUCCGUUGUGCUUGGUAAGACCACACACAAACAUCUGUGCUAGUGUGUUCUCCAGCAUCAGUCUCUCAGAGUCAGCAUAUACUGGAGGCGGAAAUUCCGUAUCACUCAUGCGUCAUCCUGGUGAAUGGCAUGUGCCUGCAAUGACGUUUUCUUUGUGACGUGAUUUUAUAAGAGCUUGCGUUUACACAGUGUUUACAAAGAUGUGUGUUGUGGUAAAAUUCAAUAAACUACAAAUAAAUGUAUAACUUUUAAUUCCAGAGGUCACAACCAUAUAAUAAUACCUUGCAUCCUUUUUCGUCCCCUGAACUGUGUGUUUUCAUUGGACAUUAAUGAAUUAUCUUCAAGAAGGAAAAGAGAGCGAAAAAAAACAAGAAUGAAACAUAACGGGCUGUCUCUGACGGCCUCUGCAGCACCACAACCAAAGGAAUUGUAUUCAACAUGGAUUAAAGAGUUUAUUGGUUUUCUGGUUGUGUGACACAUGCAUUCAUCAAAAAGAAAAGCCACACAACUGUGCUGUUAAAAUACAAACUGGACACAGGCACAUAUUGAAUCAAACCUACCUUUGUAGAUGGAACUGAUUCAAGUUUGUCAAAAUAAAGUCAGUGUAUAUCUCAGUAGCCGAUGUGUUGUAUGCCUAUCAUGUGCCUUAAUCUUUUCCAUGGUAGAUACAAAUGUGUGUUUUGUAUUACUAUUCCUCCCCUUCAACUGCCAUCUAUCGAGAACGUAUCAGCCUCCUCUAUCCCACCUUUAAUCUCACACUGGUAUCAUUCUUCCUCCCACACUUUCCCAAAACUCGUUUGGAUUGACAUUGGGUUUCUGCCUUGUAAUACAUUGUAUAAUAAAUUUUUACAAAAGUUGGGCUCAUUCAAGAUGAUUUAAUAUUUUCUUUCCUAGAAGAGUAAAAUUGCAAAUGCUUUAGUAGCGAGCAGAAGCGAUGCCACAGUGUCAGAAUGUAUCACUUUAAUUUUACUGAAACCCACAUGAAAAUAUUCAGCUUGUGCAACAUAACAGAAACAUGAUGGUUUGUAGAGUAUACAUUUGGUGUGUGUUUUCAAUAAAUCAUGUCUGGAAAGAACA